AUGGACCAAAUUUGGGAACCGGAAGAGUAUGCCGUCAUUAGAGAAACCCCACGAGACUACCUAUAUGGAGCGAAGGCGACGAUUAACGUGUGGGAUCCUGAGAUUGAGGGAGAUGAAAUGUCCAUAGCUCAGAUGUGGAUUGCUGCCGGGAAAUACGAGACGGGUAAUCUUAACACGAUAGAAGUCGGUUGCCAGGUUCUUCCCAGGAUGUAUCUCGACAACAAGCCGAGACUAUUUGUCUUUUGGACGAGUGAUUCCUACAAACAUGGCUGCUAUAACCUUAAGUGCUCUGGUUUUAUACAAACCAGUAGCAGUAUUGUCAUUGGAGGUUCGAUUACUCCUGUUUCUUCUUUUGGAGGUAGCCAGUAUGAGAUUACCAUCCUCGUAUGGAGGGAUCGCAUAUCUGGGAACUGGUGGUUGAGCUUAGGUUCGAACAGCUCUGUGAUAGGAUACUGGCCGGGAGAACUUUUUACGACUUUAGCUGAUCACGCGGUCGUCGCAGAAUGGGGCGGAGAAAUCUUAAACUCGGCAAGUCACGGGCAACACACGAAGACUCAGAUGGGGUCCGGCCACUUUCCGGCCGAAGGAUUCAGAAACAGUAGCUAUUUCAGGAACAUUGAGAUGGUAGAUAAGAACAACAGUCUCCAGACGGUUCAAGACUACGAAAAACUGGUAACGCAGCCUGAAUGCUACGAUAUCAAGACGGCCUACACAGAUGAGUGGAAGAGUCACUUCUACUACGGAGGACCAGGGUUUAGGUCAGGUGCCGUUACUAGGGUAGUAGAUACUAGGUUAUGGAGAAUAAACCUGGAUUAUCACUGCUUGUCAAGAAUUACGGACAAUGAAUACGACGGCGCAGGAAUGGCGGCUGUUGCCGGACCAUCAGGUUUUACGGAUCUGAAAUGUGGCGGAACGACCGAACAAAGAAGACUCAAUCGGAAGAAUAGACGGUGA